UAUGAGUUUCCCCGGGAAGACGGUUUGGCGCGUAGUUUGUUGUUUUGGGUCCUUUCGCUAGUAUAUUUUUGCACUUAAUAUACCGUAUAUAGCUGCGCCAGAUGGCUCCCGUUUCAAAUCCAGAAAAAGACACAGACAGUGGAGAUUACGAUGGCGCGGACAGCUGUGGCAUUGCCGUCUCCCGCUCCAGGCGCGAGAAAAGGGAAAAGGUGGGCCGCAGGUCCGCCUUGGAGCAAAUCAGAAAAGCCAAGAAGGGCGAGAAGCUCAAGUAUGAGGUAGAGGACAUCAAAAGUGUGUAUGAAGAGGUGGAUGAGGAUCAGUACUCAAAGAUGGUACGGGAGAGGCAGGACGACGACUGGAUCAUUGAUGACGAUGGAACAGGCUACGUGGAGGAUGGCAGAGAGAUAUUUGAUGAAGAUCUAGAGGAGGACGCGUUGGAGAAAGGCCCUAAGAGCAAAUCAGGUGGUAAAGGAGGGGAGUCAAAGGACAGCAAGAAUGCUAAAAAAGUGGCCGUCAGUAAACCCAACAAUAUCAAACGCAUGUUCAUGAACAACAAUGUCAGAAAGCCUGUGGAGAAAGAUGUGGACCUGUCAAAAGAUGAUCUCCUGGGAGAUAUCUUGCAGGACCUGCACUCUGAGAAAGCGGUUGUUUUUACCCCGCCACCGGUCAAACUCUUAAAGAAAAAGAAAGCCCUGACGUCUCCCAUGAACCCGUUUUCAGUCCAGCUGCGAAUGUCCCAGGAGCCACCCGCCGGUCCUUCGGUGAAGCCCAAGAGCACAUCUGUGCAACCUCCUCCGUCUGAUGUCCCGUCAAGGCCGGUACCUAAACCAGCCCCUUCUGUCCUGCAGGAAAAACCCAAGGUGGAGGAGACGGAGCAAGCUGUUGAUCCAUUGGAGUUUGAUGAGAUGGAUUUUGAUGAGCCAAUGGAGCAGGAGGAAGUCGUGUCCGUUAAAGCGGAGGCUGAGCCUGAACCUGUGGCCAAUGUUAAAGCAGAACCAAAAACUGAAGCCUGCAGUGAAGUGUUGCUAUCAGGCGUGCUCGGAGCCUCCUGCUGGGAGAAGAUGGAGGAGGAGCCUGAGGAAGCUCCUGUGGAGGUGCAGGUGGACUCUAGUCAGCUCCCCAUGGUGGAGGGACCCAGUGGGGAAAUGGUGUUCCGCUUCUACUGGCUAGACGCAUUUGAGGACCAGUUCAGCCAGCCAGGUGUGGUGUACCUGUUCGGCAAAGUGUGGAUUGAGUCAGCCCAAGCCCACGUCAGCUGUUGCGUGGCUGUGAAGAACAUUGAGAGAACUAUGUACUUCUUACCACGAGAACAUAAAGUAAACCUGGUGACUGGUGAGGAGACGGAUGUCCCUGUUGGAAUGAUGGACAUUUACCAGGAGUUCAACAGCCUCUCGGAGAAAUUCAAAAUAAUGAAGUUCAAAUCCAAAAAAGUGGAGAAGAAUUAUGCCUUUGAGAUUCCCGACAUUCCGACGCAAUGCGAGUACCUGGAAAUUCGAUACUCUGCUGAGAUGCCCCAGCUGCCGUCAGAUCUGAAGGGCUCCACCUUCUCGCACGUGUUUGGCACCAACACGUCCAGUCUGGAGCACUUCCUACUCAGCCGGAAGAUCCGUGGGCCCUGCUGGCUCGAUGUUAAGACCCCCCAGCUCAGCAACCAGCCUAUGAGCUGGUGUAAGGUGGAGGCUGUGGCUCUCAAGAGUGACCUGGUGACGGUGGUGAGAGACCUGCCCCCUCCUCCGCUGGUCGUCAUGUCCAUCAGCCUGAAAACGGUCCAGAACCCAAAGUCCCACCACAACGAGAUCGUCUCGUUGGCUGCGCUCAUUCACUACAAGUUUCCCCUGGACAAAGCCCCUCCGCGAGUCCCGUACCAGAACUAUUUCUGCGUGGUGAGCAAGCCCAACGAUUGCAUCUUCCCCUAUGACUUCAAGGAAGCAGUCAGGAAAAAGAAUGGGAUGGUGGAGAUCGCGGCGACCGAGCGCACGCUUCUGGGCUUCUUCUUGGCCAAGAUGCACAAGGUCGACCCGGACGUUUUGGUGGGGCACGACAUAUUGGGCUUCGACCUCGAGGUCCUGCUGCAAAGGAUCAACACAUGCAAGGUUCCCUUCUGGUCCAAAAUUGGGCGACUCAGACGAGCCAACAUGCCCAAACUCGGGGGCCGCGGCGGGUUCGCGGAGAAGAGCGCCGCCUGUGGCCGUCUAGUGUGUGACGUGGAGAUCUCCGCCAAGGAGCUGAUCCGCUGCAGGAGCUACCACCUGACCGAGCUGGUGGCCCACAUCCUGAAGGCCGACAGGGCCGUGGUGCCUCCAGAGAACAUCAGGAACUUGUACAGUGACUCUCCUCACCUGCUCUACCUAUUGGAACUCACCUGGAUGGAUGCCAAGCUCAUCCUCCAGAUCAUGUGUGAGCUCAACGUGCUGCCGCUGGCACUGCAGAUCACCAACAUUGCAGGCAAUGUCAUGUCCCGCACGUUGAUGGGCGGUCGCUCGGAGAGGAACGAGUACCUUCUGCUCCACGCGUUCUACGACAGGAACUACAUCGUUCCAGACAAACAGUUCUUCAAAAAGCCUCAACAAGACCUGGGUGAGGAUGACGAUGUGGACGUGGGGAAGAAGUCUGGUAAAGUGAAGAAGAAGGCGGCAUACACUGGAGGACUGGUGUUGGAUCCCAAAGUUGGUUUCUACGAUAAAUUCAUUCUGCUGCUGGACUUCAACAGCCUGUACCCCUCCAUCAUCCAGGAGUUCAACAUCUGUUUCACCACCGUGCACAGAGAGGCCCCUGGUUCCCGCAGAAAGACAGUGGAGGAGGACGCCAACGAGAUUCCAGAGCUUCCUGACCCCGAUCUGGAGUUGGGCGUUCUUCCCAAAGAGAUCCGUAAGCUGGUGGAGCGCAGGCGACAGGUCAAACAGCUGAUGAAGCAGCCUGACCUGAACCCUGACCUCUACCUGCAGUAUGACAUCAGACAGAAGGCGCUGAAGCUGACUGCCAACAGCAUGUACGGCUGCCUGGGCUUCUCCUUCAGCCGCUUCUAUGCCAAACCGCUGGCUGCACUGGUCACUCAUAAGGGUAGAGAGAUACUAAUGCACACCAAGGACAUGGUCCAGAAGAUGAACCUUGAGGUGAUAUACGGGGACACGGACUCCAUCAUGAUCAACACCAACAGCCCCAGCUUGGAGGAGGUCUUCAAACUGGGCCACAGGGUCAAGAACGAGGUCAACAAGCUGUACAAGCUAGUGGAGCUCGACAUCGAUGGCGUCUUCAAGUCGCUGCUGCUGCUGAAGAAGAAGAAGUAUGCCGCCCUGGUGGUGGAGCAGCAUGCCGACGGCCGCUACACCACCAAACAGGAGCUGAAAGGACUGGACAUCGUGCGCAGGGACUGGUGUGACCUCGCCAAGCAGUGCGGCAAUUACGUCAUCGGUCAGAUCCUGUCUGACCAGAACCGGGACACCAUCCUGGAGAACAUCCAGCAGCACCUCGUGGAAGUGGGCGAGAAGGUGGCCAGCGGCGACGUCCCACUCAGUAUGUUCGAGAUCCACAAGGCCCUGACGAAGGACCCCCAGGACUACCCAGAUAAGAAGAGCCUCCCCCACGUGCACGUGGCCCUAUGGAUCAACUCGCAAGGCGGCAGGAAGGUCAAAGCGGGCGACACCAUCUCCUAUGUCAUCUGUCAGGACGGGUCGACCCUAGCGGCCAGUCAGAGGGCGUAUGCUCCGGAGCAGGUGCAGAAGCAGGCCGGCCUGUGCUUGGACACACACUACUACCUCUCCCAGCAGGUGCACCCCGUGGUGGGCCGCAUCUGCGAGCCCAUCGAGGGCGUCGACGGCGCGCUCGUCGCCACGUGGCUGGGGCUGGACCCCAGGCAGUUCCGGGCCCAGCAGAGGCAGGAGCGCGAAGAUGAGCCAGACGGGCUUGUGGGUGGCCUGGCCCAGCUCACAGACGAGGAGCGGUACCGCGACUGUGAGAGGUUCUCCUUCUCCUGCCCAGACUGUGGCACUGAAAAUAUCUACGACAACGUCUUUGAGGGAACGGGGAGCAACGUGGAGCCCAGCAUGAAGCACUGCUGCAACGUGUCCUGCACGGGGAGCCCGCUGGCGCAUCCAGCCCAGAUCAGCAACAAAUUGCUCCUGGACGUCCGCCGGCACAUCCGCAAGUACUACAGUGGCUGGCUGCUGUGCGAGGACCAGGCGUGUCGGAACCGGACUCGUCGGCUGCCCAUAGCCUUCUCCCGAUCCGGCCCCAUCUGUCCCCUGUGCUGCAAGUCCAGUCUCCGGCCUGAGUACUCAGAGAAGGCACUCUACAACCAGCUGAGCUUCUACCGGUUCAUCUUCGACUGGGAGUAUGCCGCCGCCAAGGUCCUGCAAGCAGAGGAGAAACAAAAGGUGAGAUCCUGGAUUGAAGAGAAGGAGGUGAAGGAGGUGUAUAGGAGGCUCAAGGGGGUGGUGGACCGUAUCCUGACGUCCAGCAGCUACUCGGAGGUCAACCUCGCCAAGCUCUUCCAGGCCUUCACAGUGCUGAAGUGACUGUUCUACCACACUCGUUCUGGGUGAGGUGGGCAGUUAAAUCGGUCGGCUUUCCAUCAGAGGGUCCCACAAAGCUCCAGAGAGGUUUUUGAUUUUACUGUGUUUUUUUUGUUGUUUGUUUUUGUUUUUUGUUUUUUUUCUCGAUUUUAUGCCCUUGUUUGUUUUUGUUUUUUCUUUCUCUCUCAUUCUGUUUUCUGCGAGUGAGUGUGUAUAUAGUGACUUUGUAAUAUAUUGAGUUGCCAUGUUCUAGUUUUCCCCUGAAUUCCUGACAACUCUGCUGUUUGGGUCUUGGCUCCCUGAAACCGCUGUCCAUGGCCUUUUUGUGCAGCGUGAAUUAAGGUCAGAGGUCAGGUGAGAUGACGGUGCUGCUGCGUGCGGCCAUCAAGCACUGCCUUGAUUGACCGCCUGUCACUCACACUGACCUGACUCUCAUCAAAUCCAUUUAGCCACCACAUUGCACAGCCAGGUCUUUAAUCGAUCUCGAUUCGGUGGUAAAAUGGAUGAGAAGAGGGCCUUAUAGACCCUUAGACACCACUGGCCCCCACCCGCCACACACAGAGGUGGGAAUUUGGAGGUAACAAUCAGGGGGGUAGUAACUUCUCUGCCACCACUGGUUCUUGACAGUGUGGCAAUUAGCCAAUGAUACAGACUUGGCCAGUGAUUUCUGUAGUCGGAAGUGAUUGGACGCUUGUUUGAACUGGGCCUCCCCUGACACUUGGGGCACCUAUAAAACAGUCCGAAUUUAAGUGCCCGGUUUAGAGGAUUGAGAUUACUUUAGUCUGUGUUUUGAACAGCUAUUUUAUCAGAAUUUGAGCAAUUUGGGCUACUAUAUGGUUUCUAUUUCUGAUAUUAGAUUUCUUUUGUAUGUCUUUUUUUCCAUGCUUGUGCAAAAUGUACUUAAUUAAAUGUAUGAUUAAAGUUU